CAAGUGUGGCUCAGCGUCGUGUGUGUAGGUAGUGCUUCUGCUUGGCGCUUGGGUUACCUCAGUUCAGUCUUUGCUAAGUUGCUGAUCAGUUGCGAUUUGCGAGGUCAAAAAUGAGGUGGAUUGCGAAUCUGUUUCUCAAUGUUGCCUUAGUGGCACUGUUAUGUCAAGAUCUGUUUGCAAAGGUUACAUCUGACAAGGAAGGUAAAAGUGAGUCCUCCAGUCAAUUUGUCGCCACCAAUGAAUGGCAAAAAGUAGAAAAAGGUCAGCCGCUUCCUUCCGGUCUUCACUACAGAUUGAACAUAAAUACCGGAGAGACAGAAGUAAAGCUCCUUGAGCCCACUGGAGCUGAUCAUAAAACUGGUUUAGUUGCAGUACCUGCAGAUGAGCAGGCUGAUGAUUCAGACAACACAUCGUACAUGAGCAAAGAUGAAUUAAAGAAAGUAUUAGCUGGAAUCACUAGCGAUGAUGUUCGUGAAGAUUCAGACAUUUCACAAGAACAGAAUGUUAAAGAGAAGUAUCGGUCGUAUGAAGAGCUCAAAAAUGAAUUUGGGUCCCUUAAUAUUACUGUCAAAACAGACAUGGAAAUCCUAAAGGAUCUGUUUGUGAAAGCUAAACAAUGUCUGCAUUCUAAUGAAAAUAAUAAUGAUGAAGAAAUUGUCAGCACCCUCCAAGACCUAGAAUAUUUGGUGCAUCAAAUUGACAAUGCAAGAGAGUUUAUAAGACUUGGCGGGGUGAUGGAAAUCGUUGUCCCAGCCUUAAAUUCUACUUCUCCUAAAGUUAGAGCAGAUUCUUUGUGGUUGCUUGGAUCAGCAACUCAAAGUAAUCCAAAGGUGCAAAUUGCUGUCCUAAACGCUGGAAUUAUGCCAAAGCUGGUGAAAGCAAUAGUAUUAGAUCCUGAUGCAACUGUCCAUGCUCGUGCUAUUUAUGCAUUAUCAUGCUUGACAAGGCAGUUUCCCGCAGCUCAAGUGAAACUUAUUGAGGAGGGUGGAUUAGAAUCCCUCAGGGUUGUUAUUGAUGAUGAGAAGUCAUAUGACUUAAAAACGAAGAUGAGAGUCAUUACGUUAAUUAAUGAUUUACUUUUGGAACGCGUAUCUGUGAGGGAAGCUGUUGAGGAAAAUGAACAGGUUGACAUCUCAGACACAUCAGAAGUAACUCAAAAAGUACAUCAGCACAAGAGAGGCGAACUCAAAGAGAAGCUUCGACAGUAUAAUAGCAUUAAUUUUGAAAAGAGACUUGUGGAAGAUGGUUGGUGCCACAGACUUUCAGUAUUUUUGUCAAAGCUUCACGAAAGUGGAGCUAAUUCUGGAAGAACACAGAGAAGAGAUGAUCUAGGAUCAAUUAUUUCCAAAGACUUGCCAUACAGGCCAGAACAUGAUGUAUUAGAAAAGGUCAUUGAUACAUUACUCGUCAUGAAGGACCUGUGUCUUCAUGAAUUUCGAAGUGAUGAAAAACUGGAAAAAGUUCUUCGCAACUUCUUAUCGUGGUAUCAAGACUUAAGCAUUCGGGAAGAAGUACUUCAAAAGCAACUAAUUGAAGAAGAAUGCACCAGUUCUGAAGAUUGCUUAAGUCACAGUGAGUCCGAGAAUAAAGCGGACGAUACCGAUAUGUACUAUACAAAUAUUGCAGAAACAUUGAAACAAUUGCUUAAAGUGAUAACAGUAAACAAUAUAAGAAACGAACUGUGAUUAAAAUAGAACAUUAUUCCUGACUCAUGUGAUAUUUGCAUUUUAAUUAUUUAUUUAUUACUAAAUUUAUUAUGUUUACUUCACUGAAAAAUGAAAUGUGGGUUUUGCUGAUUUGUAGAUGGCUGUGAGAAUGAUCACUUGUUAUUGCAUCAAACUCUUUCUCAUUAUCACUAUUAAUCUUGCAGAGUAGGGUCAUUUCAGUGCAGAGCAGACAUUGUAGGCAGCAUCUUGAGGAUGCCUCCGUUUGUACAGGUUUGUGCCAUUGCAGACUGUAAUUGAGUCUAGGAUUACCAUUUGCUUGCAGAACAUAUGGAAAAUUUGCUAUGCAGCUCAUGCGAUCGAUGCUAGUUUUAAGAGAGAAAAAUAGCAUGUGUUUUUGUACGUAUGUCAACAAUUUUAAGAUCUUACAAUCUGUGGACCCUUUCAUUUGGUAGUGGAAUGUGUUGCUAAAAGUGUGAUUCAAAUGUCACUAAAAUCACACAUUUUAGGGAAGUUUUGCUGUGGAUUUGUUCUUUAGAUUAGUUUUUACAAGAGGUUCUGUAUGCCACUCAUCAGUUUGACCUUUCACCUUCAGUGAAAAUUUUGCUGAGUGAGUACAUUGUGUGUCAAAGUUCGUGUUGUAUCAGACUGUACAAAAAGAAUACUGUAAUAAUACGAGUCAGAAUGACUAUGA